CUCGCCGAGAUUGAGGAGGUCGUUCGACAAUAUUUUGCUACCAGUUUUUUUCAACUGCCUAUACUCUCGAAACGCCGUUUUCUGGAUGAUCUACCAUACGUCUAUUUCAGACCUCGUGCAGACUACCUUCUGCUGUGUGUGAGCAUCAGUCUCAUUCUUCAAAAGCCAAAAACGACCAAUUUCGUGGGUGAGAGUAUGCAGUCUUCACUCUACGUGAUUACGAAAUGCCUCAUUGCUAGCCUAGAAGCUGCUAAUUACGUGUCCUUGAAUGUUUUGCAGUCGAGAAUGUUGGUCUGCUUGUAUGAGCUUGGUCAUGCCAUCUACCCCGCCGCCUCGAUGUCCAUCUCGGCCUGUGCGAAGAGUGCAAGAGCCUUGGGCAUU